AUGCAAACCAAUUCUAAUUCGUGGCCUCGCGAACGACCGUGUGUCAAAGGAGGGGCAUCCCCUUUGACCCACGGGUCAUUUAAUCAUAGCUGUCCACGGAGCGGAAUUCAGCUUAAUCCACCCGCACCGCGACCGACACCCUUGUCCACCGGGGACGGACCUUUAUCAGUACGUGCUUCAAUAGGCCUACCGCCGCUCUACCCCUACCGACACCCUUGUCCAUCGGGGACGGAUCGACCGGCUUCAUCCUCCGGAGCCGGGGACGGACCUUUGCGGGGCGACCCCCCCCCAAAUCCGCAACCCGGGGACGCGUACUAUUCCGACUUCCGAGAGUCCUCGGCCGCUCGACGCACAGCUAAAUAA